UAUCUUGCCAGCGCCACGUGAGUUGGGUAAUUCCCUUUGGUAAUAGACUAAGAUUUUAUCCGGUUAAGUUAUUUAACAUAAAGUUGUUUUCCAAGAUACCGAAAAUGAUACUCUUCGCUGCAGUAACGUGUGUGAUUGGCAUUGCUUUUGGUGCUGUGGUUGCUGGUGUUGAAGAGGAUGAUGAAACUGAGUCACGUACGGUGCCUGAAGAAGGAAACCUCACCAUUUCUAUUCAUAUUGAGAAAUGGGCUGAGGACCCUCAGGUUUUGGUGACCCGUCUCAAAGGAGGCUCCUCGCAGGAACCGAUAGCUCAGAUGAUCUGUCAUAACGGAGUCUGUGAACACCAGAGCUGGAGAUCUGGAGUUUCGCUGAUAUCAGAUACACAGAAUGUUACUCUGAUCCUGUUGAAUGUCAGCUACAAUCAAACGGGGCUUUACAAUGUUCGCAAACAAAGCAACAAACGACUCGAAAACAAGAUUUACAACAUUACCGUUUAUUAUGAGCCUCAGCUCAGUACCAUCAUCCCAGAAAAAAUGGCUUCUGCCACGAACAGUGAAUUUACUUCAGGAAGAAGUGCAGCUGUAGGGAUCGCAGUUGUAGUGGUCAUCGCUUUAGUGGUCAUCAUUGGCGCUGUCAUUUACAGGAAACACAAAAAGGCAAGUAUCAGAAUUACAGAGCAAUUUGUCUUAACCUGUUGAAGAAACAAAUUGAAAAUAUUGUGUUGAAAAAAAAUUCAACUGGUUUGCAAAAAAGAAAAAAAAGCAUAAUAUUAUGGAAUUUCAUGAUCCUGCAUUGAUGAAUAUCAAUAACAAAUGUCCCAUUAUGUAGAUUUUAUAUCAAAUGUCAAAAGUUUUAAUGACAAAAAUAUUUAACAUGUAUUAUUUAACUUAUAGUCAGCAUAGAAGUGGAAAAAUGUUCAAAUACUCUAUUUAAUUUCAGAGACCUUUACACAAAUACAGGUUUAUUAAAAAUAAAAAAGCUUUUUUUUCACAAAAUCUACAAUUUUCUGUUGCUGUUUGGAUGCAGAAAAACAUCCACAGUUAAAACAUCUGGCUUGUUUCUUCAUAGUUCUAUUCUUGAAAUCAGCAUUAGGCAUCAAAUAAUGUCUUCAGGAUCAU